AUGGCUUUGGAGUACUCUGACAAUAUGCCGCACGAUGAAGAUGAUGCGUCUGACGCAUCCUCUGACGUGACAGAGCUUGACGCAAAUGACUUUCCGGACCACUUUUCUGAGCGCGAAGGAAGGCUCUUCCACUCCCAUGGUAGCUUGCCGUAUCCGUUGCCUGUUGACAGCCCGGAGCAAGCAAGAUUGAACAAUCUUCAUAGAAUCUUGCGUGAUAUCGUCGAACUCCACUACCUUGGUCCAGUAGCUGAGGUACUCUGCGACGUUCGCGGCAGGCAAAAACGUGUCCUCGACCUGUGUACCGGAACAGGGAGUUGGCCAAUGGAUAUGGCAAGAUUGUUUCCCGGUGUCAAGAUCUACGGGCUCGAUAUCGUUCCGAUUGCCACUAGGCGCCCUGAGCGACAUGUGCAAUUUGAGAUUCACGAUGUCACAAGGCGUUCCCGAUGGAACGAUGGAGCGAUGGACUUCGUCCAUGCUCGUAGUAUCGAUCUAGCUGUUACCGAUUACCCAAAACUCCUCCAGGAAGCAGCUCGGUUGCUCCGUCCCGGCGGUCUUUUCUUUUCCGGCGAGAUUGGGCGCUACGUCGACUUUGCCCACGGAUUUUCCUCUGAUCCCGCUCAUCAGGCGCCUCGUGCACAACGCUUCUUUCAAGUGGUCAACCACUCCCUUCAACUCCGCCACCUGGCCCCCAUUGCGGAUAAAAUCCCUAGCUUCAUACAGCUGUCUCGUCAGUUCACGGUGCCAACUAUCCAGACAUUCCACAUCCCCAUUGGUGACUGGCACCCGAACACGGUCAUGAGGCGUAUCGGUAAAAUGUACUUAAAUGCAUUGAAGGAUUUUGCGGAGAGCCUCAAGCCCAUGCUCCGUGAGACGGGGAUGACCCAGCACGACAUUGACAACUAUGUCAAUGGGUUUAUUCACGACAUAGAGCAUGUGCGCGGGCUAGUCGGGGUGUACCACACCGCGUGGGCGAGGAAGUUAUAGAGUUGCUUUCAAAUUGUUGUCUUGUGCUUUCAAAUCGCUGUCUUGGUUUCUUUCUUGUAACUGCUUUCUUCAUUACUUUCCUCUUUGACUUGUCGAACGUGCUCAUGCUUUCUUGUUUACAAACUGCUGUCGAAUCCCUUUUGCAACGCAAUUUGAUGUGAUUGUGUCUCCC